AUGUCCCUCAACAAUUGGGCCGCCCUUCCUCUCGAGCUACAGGCUCUCAUACUCGGCCGUCUGGAGGUGACCGACUACCUCCGGUUCGGUGCCGUCUGCCGCUCAUGGUGUUCGACGGUGGCCGAGAGGCCUUGCCUGCCGAAGCCGCAGAUCCCAUGGCUGAUGCUUUCCGAUAGCAUGAGGGAUCCCGACACCCGCCGCUUCUUCAGCCGCCCGCAUCAGAAGAUGUACAAAAUCCACCUCCCGGCGAUCCACGGUCGCUUGUGCAUCGGAUCCUCCGAGGGGUGGCUGAUCACCGUCGACGAGCAGUCAGAGCUGCACGCUCUCAAUCUGUUCACCGGGGCAUCCUUGGCCCUCCCAUCCGUCGCCACAUUCUUCGAUGUCGCCGGUGUCGUCCGUGACUCCGACGGCCGCAUCACCGACUAUGUCAUCGGCUAUGAUAACCUGGGGGAG